GCAGGCCGCCUGGGGCUUCUCCUAGAGCAAGUUCGAGCAGGGCGACGCCGUCGUCAUGCUCCACUACGCCUACGGCGCCGUCAAGAAGUCGAUUGAGGCCUACGUCACUCGCGCCGGCGGGCACGUCAUUGAGGUACCCUUGCCGUUUCCUUUGAAUUCCAACGAUGAGAUUGUAACCGAGUUUAAGAAGGCUUUGGAGAAGGGGAAGGCUAAUGGUAGGAGGGUUAGGCUACAUUCCUUCUCCCGGUUGCCACGUCAACUCCGUCAAGUGGAACCACACCAAUUUGGUUGUGGUGAGUGCCGGAGAUGAUAAGAAGAUAUCGUUGUGGCAUAAGAAUGGGCAGAGCUUGGGGACUAUUCCGGUGGCCGGGACGGACAGUGGUGACAACAUU